AUGUCAGUGCUGCUUGAAACUUCCCUUGGGGACCUGACCGUCGACCUCUUUACUGAAAAGUGUCCCGCUGCCAGCCUCAACUUCCUGAAGCUUUGUAAACUCAAGCACUACCACAAUGCUCUUUUCAUCUAUGUCGCUAAGGGGUUCAUUGCAAAGCCCUACUUCGCCGAGGACCCGGACCCCGCAAUCAGGGUGGACCGGCCAGGCCUGCUAGGCACGGCCAACCGUGGCCAAGGGCUGAACAAUAGCGAGUUUUUCAUCACACUGGGAGAAGUUGAGUACAAGUCACUGGCCUAGAGACAUGCCAUUUUCGGGGAGGUAGUUGAGGGGCUGGACACCCUGAAGAAGAUCGCGCAGGCGCAUGUUGACGCUGCGAAGCGACCCCUCGCUAAUGUCAGGAUCAAGCGGGCUACCAUACUGAUCGACGACUUUGAAGAUCCAAUCGGCCUUCCAAUCCGCACCUCGCCAGGACGGGAGUAAGACCCUGAGCGGCUUGAACACGAGUAGCUUUUAAAGCAGCUUGGGCAGGACCGUUCCGAAUAGCAAAUAAUAAAGUCCACCCAACAGCAUAAAGCGAAAUCCGAAGCCUUAGUGCUCUAGCUCAUGAACGACCUCCCGGAUGCCGAGGCUAAGGCCCCCAGCAACAUGCUGUUUGUGUGCCGGCUGAACCCAGUCACCAAAGAGCGAGACCUGGAAUUGAUCUUCUCCAGAUUCGGAUUGAUCAAAGGGGUCGAGGUCGUGAGGGACUGGAUGACCGGCCAGAGCCUGCAGUAUGCGUUCAUCUAGUUUGAGACCCAGGAGGCCUGCCGUGACGCAUACUUGGCCAUGGAAAACGCGGUGAUUGAUGACCGCCGCAUCCAUGUCGACUUCGGCCACAGUCAGGGUCACGGCUGGAAACGCAGAAAAGCACAGGCCACCAAGUCCCGCCUGACAGUGCGGCCGGAAGUGGUCCCGAAGAAGAGGGAGCGCCGCAGCGAUGACUACCAGCUGCUGCUCAGAGAGCGUUCGCGCUCUCGCUAG